UAAAGUUUUUUGUCUUUCGUACUAUAUAUAGGGUGCUUGGAGGAAUAUGUCAAAUGUGCUACUCAAAAAGAAAAUAAGCCUGGUUCUAGCUUCACUGUUUGCAAGUCGCUGUUGGACUCUAAAUCAAAGAAUGAGAUGCUGGAAAAUUUCGCAAAAUGGGGACCAUGGCAUGGAAAAUUUGGAUUUUUCUAUCCAUGGGAGGAGUACCUAAAGAUUGGAGAGGUUCUUCGAGAACUUGCUGCAAUUAUUCUUGCUCUGGGAGGUUGCCUCCAAGCCUCAACUACGCACAUGGAAUUGGCAUCGGUGAGUCAAACAGUACAAUUGGAAUCAUGUGAAGCAAUUGGGUCACGGAUUGUGUGGACUCUGCGAGAACUUGGAGACAGCAUGAAGCAAAUGAGGAAAUGUGAGGCUCUGCCUCACACAUCAGCAAAGUUGAAGGCAGCGAGAGCAGAGCUAAGUUUGGUGAUUUCCACGUCCAAGAUAGCAGCAAUUGAGAACAUUGAUGCACUAGCAGUAGCAAGCUUCGUGUUCUUGCUCAAGAAAGUUUUGGAUAAAGUAGAAGAACUGGCCAAAGAGGUGGAGCAAGUUGGAGACAUUGCCGGUUUUCGUGCUCAUUCAACUAUUGCCUCUAAGUAGAUGCCUAUCUCUGAAGUGUUCAGCCGUUUGAUCUUUCAUCCAUUCAUUGAACCAUUGAUUUGUUAUUCAAAUAUGUGUUUGAUAUUUAUGUAUAUAUUAAUAAUGUACUCCAAAAUAUCGGUCGCUAAAUCAAUUAGUGACCGAAUUAAAAAUGGUUUUAUGAUUUCAUCUGUUGCUAAGCUGCUAAUUGUAAGACCGAUGUAUAUAACAUGAUUAUGUAUUUGAUGGUUAAAUAGUAUACUUUUUAAUCCUA